GGUUUUGCACCCGUGUUGUAGGUGAUGCUGCUCGGAGAUUCAGGCGUGGGAAAAACCUGCUUCCUGGUCCAGUUCAAAGACGGGGCCUUCCUCCCUGGGACCUUCAUAGCCACUGUCGGCAUAGACUUCCGGAAUAAAGUCGUGGUGGUGGACGGUGUGAAAAUAAAAUUGCAGAUCUGGGACACGGCGGGGCAGGAGCGAUUUCGCAGCGUGACUCAUGCCUACUACAGAGAUGCCCAGGCUUUGCUCCUCUUUUAUGACAUCACCAGCAAAAUAUCCUUUGACAAUAUUCGGGCCUGGCUCACAGAGAUACACGAAUAUGCUCAAAAGGAUGUGGUCAUUAUGUUGUUAGGCAAUAAGGUGCGUUAUUAAAACAACGAGAGAGUCAUCAGAACAGAGGACGGAGAGUCACUUGCCAGGGAAUACGGAGUGCCUUUCAUGGAGACCAGCGCCAAGACAGGCAUGAACGUGGAGCUGGCAUUUCUGGCCAUUGCCAAAGAACUCAAGCAGCGAGCGGUGCAGCAGCCGGACGAGCCCAGGUUCCAGAUUCAGGACUACAUAGAGUCACAGAAGAAAAAGUCCAGCUGCUGCUCCUUCAUGUGAGAGAGGAGGAUGCCAGGCCAGGAAGGAGGACUAAGGGCACAGGGAGUCUGGUAUAGAGCAAGAGGAAGGCGGGGCUGGAGAGGAAACUGGCCAGAUUCCUGUCCUCAGAAGGCGGUCUAAAAAUAUAUAUAUAUUUCUGGCCAUCAAUUACCGAUAGGAAGCAAACAAAGCUACAGUGAGAGCUGGUGGGGGGGGAGGGAGUGUAUGUGUGUGAGCAUGGGGUAUAUGUGUGUGAGCAUGGGUGGCUGUGGGGAAGUUACAACAGAAGCCAAAUAAAGACCAGAUCCGGAUUUCACCUGACUAGUAAAUCUUACAGUGAGUAUUCAGCCUUGGGGGUCACUCCUGGCAGCCCAGCCAAGGCCUUGCAUCGCGGGAGUAUCUUGCAUUAACCUUGCUGUAUAGCCCAGCCCAGUGUUCAGGACUCAGCUCCGAAGAAGCCAGGGCUGAGUGUGGAUCCAAACUGGGCCAAAUCUACAUUGGCUGCAUGGCCAGUGCCCCAUGGACAAAGUCAUCUUCAGCAACAUAGCCACGACCCUGUAUCUAUCUGGAUUAAGCCAGAUUAGCACGACUGCACAGCUGGGGGCCUGCAGCUUUCCAGUCCAGAGUCGCCAGCUUUCUGUCCGGUCUCCGUGGGACAGCUCUGUUCUGGCAUCUGGCAAGGUUGAGGAGUGGAGAGGGCAGGAAGACGUGUUUCUCAUGCAUUAGCAGGUGACAUUUUCCUGCUGCGGAUGAAAUCAGCACAAGUGUUUGCUAAUGGAAGGGGAAGAUUUCACCUUUUCCCUGUGACAUCUGAUUUCACCUUUUCCCUCCCCGCUCUCCUCACCUGCCCCAGAGCAUGUGCAGAGCAGGUGCCAAGCAAAGGGCUUGGAGAGCCAAGUGGUCUUACAGUGCCUGUUACCUUGGAAGAAAGCUGCUGAUCACUGCACUAGCUGAGAGAGAGGAGAGCACUCUCCAUUUUUCUGACUUUAAAAGGACUGUUUCCAAUCUGCUGUUUAUUUAGAAUUAUCUCAGGCUAAGCUGCAAUUUAACCCUUUCCGAGACCCAGUCCAGCAUGCCUCAGAUACGCUCUGGGCCCCACUCCUGUUCUAAAGUAUGGGCAAGCCCCUGGGGCGAGCAUGAAACCAGCAUCACCAGCUUGUUUGGAAAAAGGCGCUGGCUACUUGCUGUGGGAUUGGCCUGGGAGAUCUUACCGCUCAGACCAUUGCACCUCAGUGGUCGCUCGCUGUCCGAUGGAGCCAGGCUCCGUGCCUCGUCUUGCUGCUCUUGCUGUUGAAAUCAAACUGCUGAAAAUUGGGGGCCUGAUCCAAAGCCCACUGGUGCCUUUGAGAGUCUCUCCAUUGAUUUCCCUGGGUUCUGGAUCAGGCCCUAAUUGCUGAACUACCAGUGUCCUGCUUUCAAAUGCAACCCCCCUGCUGCUCCCUCCCGGGGUGUUCAAACAGCAUUGCAGGUGUGAGCUACACCACAGGAGGCUUGACCCUCCCUGUUGCAUCCCCAUGGGCCUGACUAUUGUAACACAUGUGGUGCCUUGCAGAAUUCUGCAGGCCCUGGAGUUCACCAGGGCCACACAGGGCAACUGAAUGAUAUGGGUUCUGCCUUAGGGUUGGAUUUCCUCAGGAGCCCGGAGGGCUCAGGGAAUUGAUAACAAGGCCAAGAGCCUUUGACCUCUAGGCCACUA